CGGCUAGAUCGGGAAGGAAGAAAGCCGCACGUUCUCCUCGCGCAGCAUCUGGAAGCACGAGGGGGGGGCGUUCCUAGGGUACUCGCGGCGCCAGAGCCGUGCGUUAAGUAUAAGUAGGGCGAGGCGGGAGGGCGAAGCACGUCAAGGAGCCUCAGAGGAACGUGAUCAAGGCCCUCGCGCGCUGCGUACUCGAACUUGUCCCGAGGACUACUCCAGCUAGCUAGGGGAGCAUAUAUAUAUAUACACCUAUAUAUCUACCUUACCACGGUCCCGCCAACGAUGCUGCGCCAGCUUCUCACGGGAGCCGCGCUCUGGGGCGCGCUCGGCAGCGCGACGACGGCGACGACGUACUCGGUGACGACGGUGACGACGUGCGCGACGGCGUUCGGGUCGGGCGGGGUGCCGCCGCUGUCGCUGCCGACGGACCUGAGCCGGGCGACGACGACGUCGGCGACGACGUCGGCCGAGGUGACGGUGCCGUCGACGGUGCGCGUCACCGCUGCGCCCGUCACCACCACCGUGCGCACCUCCACCGUCUGGUUCUGGGACGCCACCACCACCACCCUGCCCGUCACCACGUCCUGGGUCCGCGUCUACGCCACCGUCGACACCGCCACCGUCCCCGUCACCGUCUGCACCGCCGGCUCUACCCCCGAAACCACCACCACCGUCUACACCGGCGCCUACACCCCCGUCCCCGGCCAGGACCCCUGGCCCCCCGCCUCCUACCCCACCCGCGCCGCCUGCACCGCCCGCGUCACCACCUGGCUGCUCCUCGCGCCCACCGCCACCUCCGGCACCACCACCGUCACCGAGACGCCGACGUCGACCGAGGUCGCCGUCACCGCCACCGUGUCGGCCACGUACUACUUCAGCGGGACGACGUACGCGGCGACGGAGACGCAGACGACGACGAGCUUCGUAGUGGGGCUGGCCUCGGCCACGGUCAGCGCGAGCUGCGCGCCGACGGCGACGGCGACGCUGGCGGCGCGGUGCGCGCCGGGCAACGUGAUCUCGGGCGUGGGGGGCCGCGGGCUGGUGUCGGGGCGGUACGCGGAGAACAUCACGGUGAUCUACGUCGGCGACGCGCGCUUCGAGGACCCCAGCCGGUGCUGCCAGCUGUGCCAGGACAACGCCGGCUGCGCCGCCAUCAUGGCCGGCAUCUCCGGCUUCUGCGGCCUCUACUACCAGGCCGCCCCCGCCGGCGGCCCCGCCUGCGGCGCCUUCUCCUUCACCUACCAGUCCCAGGCCAACUACUUCCCCGGCCAGGGCCUCUGGAUCCAGGAGGGCUGCGGCCGCGUCGAGUUCACCGGCCCCGUCGGCGGCGGCCAGAAGUAAAGAUGUUCGAAAAAGGAGAGAGAGAAAAAAAGAAAAAGAAGAAGAAAAAUCGGAUAUAGUGACAAAAUGGAGAGGGUUAAUGUCGGUACCUAGGUAAUUUAUCAAAAUUUCAUGUUGUUCCUCGGUCCUCUCUUACAACCUACUCACCUACCUGGUUUACGCAACAUCGCCUGGCGGUGCCGAUGAGGCACCCAUCUCUCAAAUGUGUGAUGGUUACAACUACAUGUUAGACUCGGGGUCGAGUUCCAAGGU